AUGUCUCCCCAGCCCGCCAAGUCCAAAUCCUACAUCAUCAUCGGCGCCGGUGUCUUCGGCGUCUCCACCGCCUACCAUCUCAUCCAGAAAUACCCCAAUGCCUCCGUGACGCUAGUCGACCGAGACGCAUACGACGCCGAGUCCCGGGUCGCCGCCUCAUGGGACUGGAACAAAGUAGUACGCGCCGACUACGACGACAAAAUCUACUGUAAACUGGCCCUCGAAGCGCAGGACAUCUUCAAGUCCGACCCGUUAUGGCAGCCGUAUUUCCACCAAACAGGCGUCUACUGGAACUGCCGCAGCGACUAUGCGCAAAACGUGAUCAAUCACCACAAGGAGCUUGGUCGGAACGACGACAUUGUCGCGCUCCCUGUGUCUGAAGCGCGGAAGUUAUACGGUGGUCUGUUUGAUAAUGCGGACUAUACGGGAGUCAAGGAGGUGCUUGUUAACAAGGCUAGUGGCUGGGCUGCGGCCGGGGAUGUUCUUCGUGCGGUCACGAAGCGCUGCCUGGAGCUCGGGGUCAAGUAUGUCACUGCGGAGGUGGCCACGCUGCAGUUUGAUGGGAGGGGCUCCUGCACUGGGGUCAAGACGAAGGAUGGAAGGGUAUUGUCUGCUUCGAGUGUGAUUGUCUCGACGGGCGCUUUUACCCCGACUUUGUUGGAGUGGAGUGCGGCGGAGAGUGGCAAUGCGGGGAUUGGUGCCGGCGAGCGGAUUCUGGCUGCGGGCAUCACGACGGGGAUGGCACAGCUGAAGAAGGAGGAUCAUGAGAAGUUCAAGAAUAUGCCAGUGGGGUUCCAGGGAUAUACACCCGAGCACGGCAAGCCAUUCAUCGGCAGUCUCCCACCGACCAAAGAUGGGGAGCUCAAGUGGUGGGGAUCCAAGAUCUUCACCAACACCCGCGAGGUCCUGCCCGGGCGCUACAUCUCCUCGCCACCCCCUUCCCACGAUUAUAAUCAGUGGAAGGUCCCCGGUCCCCUCAAGCAGGAUAUCGUCGAGGCCCGGAAUCUCUGGUACGGACCGGCCAGUGCGGAGUGGGAGAUGACCAAACACCGAAUCUGCUGGGACGCCUUCACAACAUCAUCCGAUUUCAUCAUUUCACCACACUCGGCCUCCAAGAACCUGUACGUCGCAACCUGCGGUUCUUUCCACGGGUUCAAAUUCUUCCCUGUCCUAGGCAAGUACAUUGUGCAGAUGCUGGACGGAGACCUAGAGCCUGAAUUAGUGGAAAAGUGGGCGUGGGAUCGUCAACGUCCUGACUCUUCUCAGAAUGUCGAGUAUCCAAACUCGGAGAUGAGGCAUCUGUUGGGUCCUGCGGCAAGACUCUGA